AUGGAUGAUAAUGGACCUAUUCCCAAGGAGACUAUUGCUAGAUUGCUUGAAACCAGCUCAUUUGAACAUUCUAGCACACGUAUAACUGAAGAUGUUGUUGAAGGACUUCAGAAGUAUAUGGAACUAUUUGUAAGAGAAGCUAUUAUGAGAAGCAUUGAAACUAAAGCUAAACUAGAAGAAGAGAAUAGUUUUACUGGUGUAAGAGUAGAGUUGACACAUACAGACCUUGAAGAAAUUGCAGGUUUACUCUUAUUAGAUAUGAGUUGA